AUGAAACCCCAGUUUGUUGGGAUCUUGCUCAGCUCCCUGCUAGGGGCUGCCUUGGGAAACCGAAUGCGGUGCUACAACUGUGGUGGAAGCCCCAGCAGUUCUUGCAAAGAAGCCGUGACCACCUGUGGCGAGGGCAGACCCCAGCCAGGCCUGGAACAGAUCAAGCUACCUGGAAAUCGGAGGUGUUUUUUGAGGGGGCUGAAAAUCCCUUUGGGCUCCUUGAAAUCACAUCUGCUCUGCCCCAGAAGGCAAGUCCUGAAGCCAGGAGUCCAACACCCCAGUUUCAUUCUCUCUCUCAGCCCCAGUGACCUUGAUUCACCAACAUCCAGCCUGCGUCGCAGCCCGUCAUUGCAAUCAAGUGGAGACAGAGUCGGUGGGAGACGUGACUUAUCCAGCCCACAGGGACUGCUACUUGGGAGACCUGUGCAACAGCGCCGUGGCAAGCCACGUGGCCCCUGCAUGCAUUUUGGCUGCAGCAGCUACCACCCUGACCUGUCUCUUACCAGGACUGUGGAGCGGGUAGUGGGAGUAGGAGUAGAGAAAGGAGCAAGGGAGCAAGGGAACAAGGGACAUCCGAACAUCUAAUGUGAGAAGACAGGCAUCCUUCUGUGAGUCAUUAAAAUCUAUGCACCACUCUA